UCCAAAUAUUCGAUCGGAAUAUGCCUGGCCCGAAAGCGCUACUCACCGUGCUGCUAUUGCUGCAUGCGUUCCCCCGACUGGAGAGCUUCCACUAUCGUCCUGCCCAACCGAAUGCCAAGCACUGCCUGUCCAGUUUGUACGGGGACUCCGGCGGAGGAGGCAGCGGAGGAGGAAGCGGAGGCGGAAACACGGGUUGCGCCGAAGCAAACUCGAAGAAGGACUGCAACAGUUCCGGCUUUGGCCGCGGCGACUCCAAGGCCAAGGCCUCGAACAUUGCCCAAAAGGCCGCCCUGGAGGCCAAGGCGGCCAGUGAUUCCCAAAUGGCAGCCGCCGAGGCGGCAGCGUCCCAGGUCAAAUCGGAGCUGGCCGCCAAGGCAGCGCAGUCGGCGCGGGCGGCGGAGGCGGCUCUGGCCGGAAAACAGCAGAUUGUGGAGCAGCUGCAACAGGAGAUGACUGAGGCGGAUGCGGUGGUCAGUGAGGUGACCUCAUCGCUGCAGAACACCCAGGCAAAUGCCAAUGCCGCUGCUUCGGCCGCCCACGAGGCCCAGACGCAGCUCAAUCAGCUGAAGAACCUAGUGAUAGCCGCCACCGCCAAUAUGGCCAAUAUCGAGAACGUGGCCAGUGGGGCACAGCAGGAGCUGGCCGAGAAGACGCAGCUCCUGGAGGCCGCCAAGCAUCGGGUGGAGAACCUCGCCCGCCAGAUGAACGAUGCCAAGAGCGACUUCGAGAAGACCAAGCAGGCGGCCUACAAGGCGGCCUGUGCUGCAGUGGAGGCCAAACAGAAGGCCCAAAGGGCUCGGCGGAUGAUCAACCACCACCAGCAGAUGCGAUGGGCUCCGAGGAUGUUGGCCAACAAGUUAGCCGGCGGGGGGGUUAAGAUGUAGCAGCAAUCCCUGGGAUCAAUCGGUCUCAUCUAUAUUUUGUUAUGGUUCACU